AGUGACUUCAUGUAUCACCGGCGUCCAGACUGAAGCGCACUCAGACAGGCAGAGAGAGAGAGACACUGAUCAGUCCCUGAUCGAGCUGAGCGGGUCAUUUGAUGCCGUUUCCUCCUCUCUGGAUCCUGACUGCCGGCCGGAUGACUUUCCAAGCAGCGCGUCUGUUCAGCCCUUAGAAUAAACCAUCCCUCCUCCUUGCGUCUGCUUCACUGACGGACAGGUGUUGGCCGGACGCUGCGCUCAAACCCCUGCACAACCCAUGAAUGAGUCUCCUGCUGUUUCAAGAAUGAUGUGAAGAUCACUUCAGACAAGGCCACUUCUCAGCUCAUUUUUCCUCAGCGCAAUCAAACCGUUUGCUGGUACGCAACCCCAUUCAUCUGAGCUUGGUAUUCAGUGGAGCCCUGUGGGGAUGGGGACAUGCUCAGAUAAAGGAUGGACUUACUACAGCCUCAGAAAAGGUCACCGCCCUCCAAAGGUUAUGUCGUGGCCCCUGGCCCUGUGUCUAUUGACUCUAGUAUUUUUGAAUCAAAAGAAGACCCUUGGACAGACAAUGAACACCUUCCAGUCAGAGAGGAGGGAAUGGCCAUUGAACCAUCUGACGGUGCAUCAGUCCACUGGGACUCUGUACAUCGGAGCAGUCAACCGGAUCUACAAAAUGUCUGCCAAUCUCACCCUUUUGGUAUCCCAUGACACUGGUCCAGAGUACGAUAACAAAGCAUGUUAUCCUCCCUUGAUAGUUCAACCCUGUUCUGAGCCUUUGGCCUCGACGGACAACGUCAACAAACUGCUGCUCAUUGACUACUCCCACAAUCGGCUGCUGGCUUGUGGCAGUCUUUAUCAGGGCAUCUGUAAGCUGAUGAGGCUAGAUGACUUAUUCAUCCUAGUAGAGCCCACUCAUAAGAAAGAACACUAUCUGUCAAGUGACAACCAAACAGGAACAAUGUACGGGGUCAUCGUUCCCUCUCAGGGACAGGAUGCCACUCUGUACAUUGGCACUGCUGUUGGCGGCAAACAGGAUUACUUUCCAACUAUCUCCAGCCGUAAGCUGCCCCGUGACCCAGAGUCCUCUGCCAUGCUCGACUACGAGCUUCACACUGAUUUUGUUUCAUCUCUUAUCAAAAUCCCUUCUGACACGCUAGCUCUUGUUCCACAUUUUGACAUCUACUACAUCUAUGGUUUCUCCAGUGGAGCCUUUGUGUAUUUCAUGACUGUCCAGCCAGAGACGCCAGAGAACGGGAUGCCUGCUGGCGGCUCCCCUGGUGACCUAUUUUACACGUCUCGCAUCAUCCGGCUCUGUAAAGGUGACAAAAAGUUCCAUUCGUACGUUUCUCUUCCGGUGGGCUGCGUACAUAGAGGUGAGGAGUACCGUCUGCUGCAGGCGGCUUACCUCUCUAAGGCCGGCAGGGUGCUGGCUAAGUCGCUCAACAUCAGUGCUCAGGAGGAUGUCCUCUUUGCCGUGUUCUCCAAAGGACAAAAGCAGUAUCAUGACCCUUCAGAUCACUCGGCUCUUUGCAUUUUUACCAUCCAAGCCAUCAACAUGCGAAUUAGGGAGCGACUACAGUCCUGCUACCAGGGAGAGGGAAACCUGGAGCUCCACUGGCUGCUAGGAAAAGACGUACAGUGCACAAAGGCUCCGGUUCCCAUCGAUGAUCACUUCUGUGGCCUGGAUAUUAACCAACCCCUGGGUGGCUCCCAGCUAGUGUCCGGUCGGACGGUGUUUACAGAGCGGAGGGACCGGCUUACCUCUGUCACUUCCUAUCUGUACAACGGACACAACGUGGUCUUUCUGGGCACAAGGAGUGGACGUCUAAAAAAGAUCAGGGUGGAUGGAGCUCAGGAAGGAGGAGUGCUGUAUGAGACGCUGACUGUGAUGAAGGACAGCAGCCCAAUCCUCCGGGACAUGGCUUUCUCCCUGGACAGGAACUCACUAUAUGUCAUGUCUGACUAUCAGGUGGUCCAGGUCCCAGUGGAGUCCUGUGAACAGUAUGGUACAUGUGUUGAGUGCCUCAGCGCUGGUGAUCCCCACUGUGGCUGGUGUGUGCUGUACAACAUGUGUUCAAGGAAAGAUCGGUGUCUGAGGGCAGAAGAAAGCUAUCGCUUCGCAACUGACAUUGACCGCUGUGUGAAGGUUAUUGCUCACCCGGACAGUAUCGCUGUAUCAGCACACAGUGUCCCACUCUUGCUGGAGGUGAAUAAUGUUCCAGAUCUUUCUGCGGGAAUCACCUGUUCAUUUGGCCAGCAGGCCCAAGCAGAGGGCCACGUAAAUGGGAAUAGAGUCAUGUGUCUCUCCCCAGCCGCAAAGGAAGUUCCCCAGAUACCGGAGGGACGAGACUGGGCUGGUGUGGAGCUUCGUCUGAAUUCCAAUGAGACAGGUCAAAUGGUCGCCAGCACGGAGGUGAAGUUCUACAACUGCAGCACGCAUCAAAUGUGUCUUUCAUGUGUAAAGAGCACAUUUCGUUGCCACUGGUGUAAAUACCGCAACCUCUGUACUCAUGACCCAAGCAGCUGUUCUUUCCAGGAGGGAAGAGUCAACGCUUCAGAGGACUGUCCUCAGCUCCUUGCCUCUGGGGAAAUUCUCAUUCCGGCCGGUGAGGUUCGACCAAUCACCCUGAAGGCCCGAAACCUCCCUCAGCCGCAAUCAGGCCAGCGGGGCUAUGAGUGCGUGGUGAACGUACAGGGUGUCAGAUACCAUGUCACGGCACUGCGCUUCAACAGCACAAGUGUGCAGUGCCAGAACAGCUCGUACAUGUACGAGGGUGUGAAGAUCAGUGACCUGGCAGUGGAUCUCUCCAUCGUAUGGAACGGCAACUUCAUCAUAGACAAUCCAGAGAAGAUUAAAGUGCAUCUGUAUAAAUGCAGUGCUCAGAGAGACAGCUGCGGCAUGUGCCUACGGGCUGAAAGGAAGUUCCAGUGUGGCUGGUGCAGCGGCGAGGGUCGAUGCACCAUGAAGCAGCAUUGUCCUCCCAUCUCCCCUUACGCCAGCCGUUGGCUGGACCUGUCUGCCAGGAAUGUCAAGUGCACGAACCCGCGCAUUACAGAGGUAAGCCCAGUGGCAGGACCUCUGGAGGGGGGGACUCUUGUCACUAUUCAGGGCCUGAACCUGGGUCUGUCCUUCUCUGAGCUUGUGGGUAAUGUGGAGGUGGCAGGAGUGGAGUGCACUCCACAGCAGGAGGGAUACAUCACUGCUGAGCAGAUUGUGUGUGAGAUGGAUGCAGCUCCUGAAGGAAGCGCUCCAGGCCCUGUUAAGCUGUGUGUCGGUGAAUGUAGACCAGAGCUAAGCGCACAGUCCUCCCAGAUCUACACCUUUGUGAUACCGGCCAUCUUGGCUCUGACCCCAGGAAGAGGACCUGAGUCUGGGGGCACAAAGGUUACCAUCGUCGGGGAGAACUUGAACGCUGGCAGCACCGUUAAUGUCUACUUUGGGAAUCAAACCUGUGAGCUGUACAGGAGGAGCAUGUCAGAGAUUGUGUGCUUUGCAGCUCCAUCGCUGAUGGGAGCAGGACCAGUGCAAGUCAGUCUGAGUGUCGACCGGGCCAAAGCUCCUGGAAGGCUGACCUUUGAGUACAUAGAAGACCCCACAGUCCAGAGCAUUGAACCCCUAUGGAGCAUUGCGAGCGGACACACCACCCUGACAAUAACUGGGACAAACCUGGAUGUGGUUCAGGAACCUCGGGUUCGAGUCAAAUAUGCUGGCCAUGAAUCUGUCAAUGUGUGUAAAGUUUUGAACACAACAACCAUCAGCUGCUUUGCCCCUUCUCUGAAGGCGGAUUACCAUGCCGACCAGGAAACCAUAAAACACGUGGAUGAGUUUGGCUUUGUCUUCAAUAACGUUCAGGCUCUGCUCACCUACAACAGCACAGGCUUUGUCUACUACCCCAACCCGUACCUGGAGCCGUUAAGCCUCUCAGGUGUUCUGGAGCAGAAACCUGGAGCUCCCAUCAUUCUCAAAGGUCGUAACUUGGUGCCAUCUGCCUCUGGUGGAGCCAGACUGAAUUACACUGUGCUGAUCGGAGAUACUCCCUGUUCUCUCACUGUGUCAGACACUCAGUUGCUCUGCGAGCCACCAAACCUCACCGGGCAGCAUAAAGUCCUAGUGCAAGUAGGUGGAUUGCACAUCUCUCCUGGAGAGGUGCACAUCCGAUCAGACAGCUUGCUCACCAUGCCCGCUAUUCUAAGCAUCGCAGCUGGUGGAGGGUUGCUCCUCGUCAUUGUCGUCAUCGUCCUGCUCGCCUACAGACGAAAGUCGCAUGAGAAUGACCUCACUCUGAAGCGCCUGCAGAUGCAAAUGGACAAUCUGGAAUCAAGAGUAGCUCUUGAGUGUAAAGAGGCGUUUGCUGAGCUGCAGACGGACAUCAAUGAGCUAACCAGUGAUCUUGAUAGAGCUGGCAUCCCCUUCCUGGACUAUCGCACUUAUGCAAUGAGGGUUCUCUUCCCAGGGAUCGAUGAUCAUCCUGUGCUGAGGGAGCUGGAGGUUCCUGGGACUGGACAGGCCAGCGUGGAGAAAGCCUUGAAGCAGUUUGCUCAGCUGGUGAAUAACAAAGUAUUCCUGCUGACUUUCAUCCGCACACUGGAGACGCAGCGUUCCUUCUCCAUGCGUGACCGGGGCUACGUAGCUUCGCUCAUCAUGACUGCCUUGCAAGGACGAUUGGAGUAUGCAACAGACAUCCUUAAGCACCUGCUCUCUGACCUUAUAGAACGCAACCUUGAGAGCAAGAACCACCCCAAACUGCUCCUCAGGAG